AUGCCUACCCUGGCGGAGCGUCUCGGCUCGAGCGCUGCUGACGCCUCAGGGGUGCCGACGGGCUCCGAGCACUCUGAUCGCGAGCAGCAGUUGCGUGCCCGAUUGUUGGCCUCCAAGCAACGACCCCGAGCCGACGAUGGCGAGCAUGACGAUACUCGACGAGAUUCCGAUCGGGACAUUCUGUUUCUCGGGUCUGUCUCGCAAGAAUCCGAGCAGCCAGAGCGGAGGCAGCGACGCUCAUCGCCCUCGUACGACGCCGCGCCUUCGACAUCCUCAGCUGCCAUGCGGCCUCCACAACCCUUCACACAUCCAGACCGACGACCACCCAGACCUCAAGCAGAUCGAUGGGUGCCACCGCCUCGCGAAGAUCCAGACUCGCGCUCGUAUGACCGUCGCGAUAAUGACGACAGAAGGGAGCGAUACGGAAGGCGCGACCAAGACGAUGACUCGCGUGGAAGCUGGGGUCCAUCGCGUUCAAACGGCGGCGGUCGAGGCCGAUACUUUGACGACAAUCGCAACGGCAAUGCAGACAAAGAUGACAGGAAUGAGCACUCAGAGUAUGGAGCGGCGCAGUGGAAGCGGCUACCACGAGACCCUUACGCUUCGAGCAUGUCGUCCGGCGGCAAUCAGGCCAGUGGAGGGGAUGGCGGCUUCUUCAGCUCGCGCAACGAGCAGCGCAAGAAUUCCACCAUCUCCAUCUGGCCACCGAGCCCGCCGCAUCCGACGCUUGACAGUGAUGAAGAGCGAGAGAAGCGUAAGAAGCAUCGCGACAGCAGCAGCAGGCAUAAGGACAAAGACAGGCACCGGAGCAGCAGCGACAGGCAUCGCUCGUCGAGAAGUCAUCGUCAUCGAUCCAGUUCGGACCGACAUCACCGCUCUAGCAGGCAUAGGGAAGAUGACCAGGAUUCGCGACGUCGGCAUUCACAUUCGUCUCGAUCUCACCGCCGUGACGACGAGGAGGAUAGGAGAAGGAGCUCCAAACGAUCCCGCUCUAAGGUCUCGGAUGCGGAUUCGGACCGCUCUGACUCCGAGUCGGAUUCACGGUCGGACGCAGACUCGUCUCGGCGUCACCGCCAUCACAAAUCGAACCGAUCGAGCGGACACCGCCGAUCCGAGUCGGACAAGCGCCACCGAAGCAGUCGCCAUCGCUCUCCAUCAGUACGCACCUCCGACUCGGAAGCUGACCAGAAGCCCACCGCGCCAUCCCACCGCGACUCCGCGUCUGGCACAGACUCGGACGUCGAAGUGGGCCCCGAUCUGCCCACCGUUGCUGCCGAUGGCAAGCCCGUCGACCCUCGCGCCUACGGUGGCGCUCUCCUCCCCGGCGAAGGUUCGGCCAUGGCAUCCUAUGUGCAGGACGGCAAACGGAUCCCGCGUCGAGGAGAGAUCGGACUGUCCUCGGACCAGAUCGAAGCGUACGAAAAGGCAGGAUACGUCAUGAGCGGCAGCCGACAUCACCGUAUGAACGCGGUGAGGAUGAGGAAGGAGAAUCAGGUCAUUUCGGCGGAAGAGAAGAGAACGAUGUUGAGACUGCAGGCCGAGGAAAAGGCGAAGAAGGAGAGGGAGAUCGUCUCGCAGUUCAAGGAGCUGGUGGACACGCUGCAGCCGGGCAACGAUGGCAGGUGA